AACUUUAACGUGUCCUUUAUCAAGGUUACUGGUGUUAACGUUUUCGAAUGGAUUUCCCGGAGCGGGUUGAUUGUGUUAUUGACGGUACAGGCUUAAGUGAAUCUCUGAUUUCUGCAAGUUUAUCAAUAUUGGGGAAACAAAUUCUUCAUAUCGAUAGAAAUGCUUAUUAUGGUGGAGUCCUUGCAUCUUUACGAUUCCCUGAAUUCGAGAAACUUCUCAGUCAAAUUGAACCUGACUGCCCCAAAAGUCUUCCAAUCAUCAAAGAUAAUUGUUUAGAUCUCAGUGAGAUUGAGUCUCCUUUGGUCACUCACAGGUCAUCAGAAUGGUUUCUAGGCUGUGACGACAGUUUCGAUUCCUAUGAUGAUAAUGAUGCUGAAAAUUAUAGUAGUGUGAGCAGAAAAGUUAUUGAUGAUUCACCAAGCACAAUGGCAUUGCCUAGUGAUAUCACUGUUCAACACGAUCAUAUUAGCACUGAAAUUUCUAGUGUGGUUCGCGAACUUGGAGAAGAACAAGAGAAAUCCAAUGGGGAUGGACAUGAAACUGUUACAGUAACCGAGCAAAAAUCUGAUGACGCUGAUAAGAUUGUUCAGAGCCAAAAACUAUGGUCUCGGUCUAAACUACGAAACGCUGUGCGCCUUCAUGAUAUAGACAUAGUACCAAAGAUAAUUUACUCGCACAGUCCUGUAGUAACUGCGCUUCAACGUGCUGAUGUAACAAGAUAUUUAGAAUUUCGUUUUGUAUCACGCUUGUUAGCUUAUAUUGGUAAUAAUCAGUGCACACAACAGUCUGGAACAGUUUCAAACAAUGCUGAUAAUCAAUCUUCCUUAACAAAUUUUACGGGUCAUGUAGUCAAAAUUCCUGUUUGUCGUUCUGACGUAUUUAAAACACGUUUAUUAAGUUUACAUCAAAAAAGAUCGUUAGGUGCAUUUUUCGAAUGGUGUUUUCAUUUAAUGAUUAAUGAUACUCAACGCAGUACAACACAUUCUAAAAAAGAUGAAGAUUAUUGUGCAUACGAAGAUCGACCUUUUCAAGACUUAUUAACUGAAAAACGUAAACUUGAUAAAUUUACCCAACAGUUAUUAAUAACUAAUCUAUCAUUCAGUAAUCAACAGAUUAAAACUAAAGAGGCCAUUUUCAGAAUUCGACGAUUGUUAUUCUCUAUGGGUCGAUUUGGACCAUAUCCAAUUUUGUGGCCAAUGUAUGGUAGUGGAGAUUUAACUCAAGGAUACUGUCGAAUGUCAGCUGUUUUCGGUACGACAUUUUGCCUUGGUUGUAAAGUAGAAAAAAUUGAAUAUAUAAAUUCAGAGGUAGAUGCAGUAACUCAAUCUGUUGAGAAUAUGACCACCAAUAUGAAAGAUGGACAGAUAAUAACGGGAGCUGACCCUUCAUCAUCGUCGUCAAUGCCAAAGAAUAAUACUGAUAAUGAUUUCAUUGUUUAUUUAUCUAAUGGUAAAAAAAUAAGAACAAAAUGUGUUAUUUUAUGUCCAGAAUGUUUACCAUAUUCUUGGAUUAGUGAUUUUAUUAAUCAUUGGUGUGCUCGAGCUGUGCUCAUUACAGACUCUUCUCUUUUACCAGAUGACUGUAAAUCGAGUGAUAUUUCAAUACUUGCAUAUUCAUUUAAUGCAAACAAUCAACAAAAUGAUUUAUGUCUUGAUCCUGUUAUUAUAAUUGAAUGUCAAGUUGAAAAAAAUAAAUUCUGUAAAGAUAAUUUAUUUGUUGUACAUCUAUGCGCAAUCAUUAAACAACCGAAUGAUCCAAAGAAAAUUUUCCAGCCUCUUUUAAAUUGUUUAUUUACACAAUAUGAUGAUAAUACCGUACAUCCUUCAUCGGUCAAUCAAGGUCAUUAUAAACGACCUAGAAUGCUGUGGGCUGGUUAUUUUUGUGUUCCAGACUUAUCAUCUAUUCCAAAUAAUUUCUCUACCCUUGGAAAAUCUGAAACAAUAAUGAAUUCUAAUAUUUUUAUCACCGCUGGACCAGAUGCUACUCCAGACUUGGAUUCAAUUAUACCUAACGCAGAAGAGAUAUUCCGUAAAAUAAUUUCUAUUUUAGGUUUGCCAAACAAUUCACAAAAUUUAGCAUCAACAACGAGUGGAAUAAACAAUGAUGAUAAUAUAUCUCAGACUAGUAGAUCAUCUAUGUAUACUACAAUUGAUGCGGUUUGGGAUGGUCAAUUUCCACCUAAAGCACCUCAACCAGAAGAUAUUAUUGUGGUAGAUGAAUCAGUGAAUCCACCACCAGUAGUGACAAUAGAAGUUCCUCAAGAGGAUCGGAAUUAACUUACUCGUUGAAAUUGAACCAAACAUCAGUUAAGGAAGGAGAGACACAAGGAAAAUUCAUAUCAAUUUGAUAAAAUCUAAAAUUUUCCUUCAUAUAACUUUGACAAAUAAGUGAAUAACGGCAAUAAUGAUAAUAAUUUCUGUCUGAGUUGAAUUACAUGAUUGAUACUUCAUUCUCUCACUCUCCCUCUGUGUGUGUGUAUAAUGUUUUCACUUUUCGCUUACUCUUUAACUUUCUUAUGUCUUUCUGUCGUCUAUGGGUUGUUGAUUUCUGUUUUAUUUUGAAAAAAAACUUACACACAUUUUCACUUCUGGGUGAAGAAUAUUAUCAAAGCAAUGGGAAAAUCACUUUUUAUUUUUUGUUUGCCUUUUUAUUCUUUCCUGUUUACAUCACAUCUUUUUUUCGUAAGGCGGGGGACGAACAUUUUCUUAUUGUUAAUGAAAUGAAUGAUAUGAUCUAACUAAAUAGUUUAUUUUGCGUUUUUUUCUCUCAAAGAAAUACUCUAUUUUUGAGGUUGAUAGUUGCAUCUUGUUCUGUUUUUAUCUCCAUCGAUGGAUAUGUAUGCCGAUGGCAUUGUUUAUAUGUGAAAUAUUGUCGCACGUUUUCUGGUGUAU